CGCUGGCCAGAGACUGAGUAGUGUUCCCAGAACUGCCGGAGGAGUCGGCCUAGAGGGCGGACAGACAGACGGCAGGGAGGGCCAGCAUGCACCUACUGUUGCACCCCGCCUGGCCGCUGCUCCUGGGCGCCACACUGACCUUCCGGGCACUCCGGCGCGCGCUCUGUCGCCUGCCUCUGCCUGCUCACGUGCGCACCGACCCCCUGCGCACCUGGCGUUGGCACAACCUACUCGUCUCCUUCACCCACUCCAUUGUAUCAGGGAUCUGGGCACUGCUGUGCAUAUGGCAAACCCCUGAAAUGCUGGUGGAGAUUGAAACGGCGUGGUCACUUUCUGGCUAUUUGCUUGUUUGCUUCUCUGCAGGAUACUUCAUCCACGACACGGUGGACAUCGUGAUUAGUAAACAGACCAGAGCUUCUUGGGAAUACCUUGUUCAUCAUGUCAUGGCUAUGGGUGCCUUCUUCUCUGGUAUCUUUUGGAAAAGCUUUGUUGGUGGUGGCGUCUUAACGCUACUGGUGGAGGUCAGCAACAUCUUCCUCACCCUAAGGAUGAUGAUGAAGAUAAACAACGCCCAGGAUCUCCUCCUCUACCGGGUCAACAAGUAUGUCAACUUGGUCAUGUACUUUCUCUUCCGCCUGGCCCCUCAGGUCUACCUCACUAAGUUCUUCCUGCAGUACGCUGGCCAGAGGACUCUGGGAACAUUUUUGUUGGUCAUCCUGCUCAUGCUGGACUUGAUGAUCCUCAUCUACUUUUCUCGACUCCUCCGCUCUGAUUUCUGCCCUGAACGUGUGCCCAGACGCCAACACAAAGACAAAUUCUUGACUGAGUGAGAAAGGAUAACCCAGGACAUGCGGCAGGGACAGCAAGCACAGCCAACAGUUUUGUAACAUAAACUAGGGCUCUGCCUCAAGCCUGGGUGUGUUUUGGGGCCAGGCUUCCCACCUUGAGCCUACACCCACACUAUUGAAAACACUAAUGAAAGCUAUU